AUGAACGUCAGUUGCUCCUUGUGGCAAGACAACAGCAUGUCUGUCAAACGCUUUGCUUUUGCCAAAUUCUCUGAAGUCACUGAACAGUGUUUCCUCCUGUUUACCCUCAUCCUCCUCAUGUUCUUAGCAUCACUGACAGGAAAUGCUCUCAUAGCCCUUGCCAUUUGGACCAACCCAGUCCUCCACACUCCCAUGUACUUCUUCCUGGCCAAUUUGUCUCUCUUGGAGAUUGGCUACACUUGCUCUGUCAUACCCAAGAUGCUACAGAGUCUUGUGAGUGAGGCCCGAGGGAUCUCUCGAGAGGGGUGUGCUACACAGAUGUUUUUCUUUACAUUAUUUGCUAUUAGUGAAUGUUGCCUGUUGGCAGCCAUGGCCUAUGACCGCUAUAUGGCCAUAUGCUCCCCACUCCACUAUGCCACACGAAUGAGCCGUGGAGUUUGUGCCCAUUUAGCAAUGGUUUCUUGGGGAGUGGGAUGCAUGGUCGGUCUUGGCCAGACCAACUAUAUUUUCUCUUUGGACUUCUGUGGCCCCUGUGAGAUAGACCACUUCUUCUGUGACCUCCCACCCAUCUUAGCACUUGCUUGUGGAGAUACGUCCCAUAACGAGGCUGCGGUCUUUGUUGUGGCCAUCCUUUGCAUUUCCAGCCCAUUUUUGCUGAUCAUUGCUUCUUAUGGCAAAAUUCUAUCUGCAGUGCUGAUCAUGCCCUCACCUGAAGGUCGCCAUAAAGCUCUCUCCACCUGUUCUUCCCACCUACUGGUAGUGACACUGUUCUAUGGCUCUGGAUCUGUCACCUACCUGAGGCCCAAAGCUAGCCAUUCACCAGGAAUAGACAAGCUCCUAGCCCUUUUCUAUACAGUGGUGACAUCCAUGCUUAAUCCCAUCAUCUAUAGUUUACGGAACAAGGAAGUAAAGGCAGCCCUCCGGAGAACUCUGGGCAAGAAAAAUGUUUGA